CAAGGUUGUCAAGUGCGAGUGACGGUCGUUUUUUAUGUGAUAUAAUAACAGAAUGGCCGCUAAAGUUCCGCUUUUAAAAUUAAAUAAUGGAAAAACAAUUCCACAGCUCGGCUUGGGAACAUGGAAAUCAAGACCCAACGAAGUAACCCAAGCAGUGAAGGAUGCGAUCGACAUCGGCUACAGACACAUUGACUGUGCAUUUGUGUAUGGUAAUGAAAAGGAAGUUGGGAAGGCCAUCACUCAGAAAAUUGCGGAUGGAACUGUUAAGAGAGACGACCUGUUCAUCACCUCCAAGCUCUGGAACACCUUCCAUCGCCCGGACCUGGUGCGUGGUGCUCUGAAGCAGACCCUGAAGAACCUUAACCUCCAAUAUCUGGAUUUGUACCUCAUUCACUGUCCUCAGGCUUACAAGGAAGACGGUUCAAUCUUCCCCGAAAAUGAGUCAGGCAAGAUCAUAUUCUCCGAUGUGGACUAUGUUGACACUUGGAAAGCCAUGGAGCCCUUAGUGGGUGAGGGUCUGGUCAAAAGUCUGGGUAUUUCCAACUUCAACUCGAAGCAGGUGAAGAGGUUAUUGGAACACGCUACCGUGAAGCCCGUUGUGAACCAGGUGGAGUGCCACCCCUACCUAACCCAGGUCCGCCUGAAAGAGUUCUGCGAGUCCCACGGCAUCCUAAUCACAGCUUACUCCCCACUCGGCUCUCCGGACAGACCCUGGGCUCAACCCGGAGACCCACAUCUCUUGGAUGACCCCAAGCUGAAGGCUAUCGCGGAUAAGAUUGGCAAAACUGUCGCUCAGGUGCUCAUAAGAUAUCAAAUCGACCGCGGCAACAUCGUGAUACCAAAAUCAGUCGCCAAAUCCCGCAUUGCGUCCAAUUUUGAUGUUUUUGAUUUCAAAUUGUCCGCUGAGGAUAUCAAGCUUAUCAAUUCGUUCAACUGCAAUGAACGCUUCAUGCCGAUGAAAACAUCUCUCGGCCACAAGUAUCAUCCGUUUGAAAAUGACGAGUUUUAGAUUUCAUCACCGUCAUCAUCAUCAUUCCAGCCUAUUGCAGUCCACUGCUGGACAUAGGCCUCCGCAAGUUCGCGUCAAAAAUGCGGGAACUCAU